AUGACCCUCUUCGUCAUCGGAAUCGGUCUCUGUGAUGAGACUGACAUCACACUGAGAGCGCUCGAGGCCGUGCGGUCUAGCGAGCGCGUCUACCUCGAGGCCUACACCUCCAUUCUGAUGGUAGAGGACUACCAAGAGCGACUGGAGAAGCUCUACGGCAAGCCAGUCAUCAUGGCCCACCGUGAGACAGUCGAGCUCGAGUCGGACGCUAUCCUCUCCCUCGCAUCCACCUCCAACGUUUCCUUUCUCGUCGUCGGCGAUCCACUCUCCGCUACAACGCACACCGACCUCAUUCUCCGCGCCCACGCAGCUACUCCCAAGGUUCCCGUGCGCAUUAUUCACAAUGCCUCGAUCAUGACGGCGAUUGGGUCGAGUGGACUGCAAGCGUACAAUUUUGGACAGACGGUCAGCGUGCCCUUUUGGACCGAGGAGUGGAAACCGGAUAGCUGGUUGGAAAGGAUCAAGGAGAACAUGAAUCGGGGGAAUCACACACUCGUUCUUGGAGAUAUCAAAGUCAGGGAACAAAGUCAGGACGAUAUGGCAAGAGGCGUGCUGCGCUACCAACCACCGCGGUACAUGCUCAUUCCACAACUCAUCACCCAGCUCCUCUCAGCCUCGCAGCACUACGCCUCUACCUCCCCCGACCCAUCCCUCAUCCUCUCUCCAGACCGCACACUAGCAGUAGCCCUCUGCCGCAUGGGCGCCGAUGACGAGCUCAUCGUCUCGGGUACCCUCGGCGAGCUUCUCGCCCUUGCUUCACCCUCGGUGGAAGAGGCACAGCGCGAGGAGGCAGAAGACGAUGCGGACGAGCUUGCCUCGGAGGCGGAGCUGGACAGACGCAGGGCGGCGCGGGCGGAGCAGAGGGCCAUCCGGGCCUUUGGAGCACCGCUGCAUUCCCUGGUACUGGUGGGGAGCAGACUGCAUGAGAUGGAGAGCCGGUAUGCUGCAUUGUGGAAGGUGGGAGAGGGAUGGGAGAAAGUGGCUAGCGAGGUGUAUGGCUGUAGGUGA